AUGGCACGAAUACACCUGCUUGUCCGGUUGGCGGCGACAGCCAUCCUGUAUCCGAUAGCAGCGGCGAGGUUCUGGACUGUUACAAAAAUAUAUGUCUUAAACCCAGUUGCCUUCCCUUCUGGUUGCGACCAGUCUGGCGCAACGAAUCAACCAUGCACCACAACGCGACUUGGAGAUCCUUUCCUGGCCACACAUACAACCCAGCCACCCGACGCAACACCGAUAACAACCUCGAAAAACACCUACGACGGCUGGGAUCUGGAGGUAAUCGAGUAUUACUACCCCGCCGGCGCGCUCCCCCGCUCCGAGCUGCAGGCAGACGCCGGCGACUACCAUUACACUUACUCGUACGGGCACACCACCAAGUGGCUUGUCGACUUGACAUUUACCGUCCCGACCCCCUGCCCGACCCCCUCGCAAUCAUAUACCACAAAGGUCAAUCUCGAGUAUCUGCAAUAUCUUCCGCCAGACCUCACACCUCUUCUAAGUUCAAAGGCCACCCUUGAAAAACGGAGUCACCGAGACCUCUCCUACUACACAUCUGCGACGCUGCACGUCAAAGCAACCGACGUCGCGCCAGCACCAAUCCAGAUGCUGAGAGAGCGGGUUUCGAUGGACUACUACCUUGAACGAUGUUCCCUCCCGGGCGAAGAGGAUCACCGGAUCGAGAAUUGUCCGCACCAGGCUUUCGGACGCUGCAGCAAGAUCCCAGAAGGGCCCGCCGUUAUCCUUGCCAUCGUCGGGACCCUCUUUUGGGCUCUUCGGUGCGGGACGGUGUGCUGGUGGUUCGUCGCCACGUUGCUCAUGAUCUUUGUCACCAGAUACGAAGUCGGCAGGGAUCCUGAGGACCAGGAGGAACUGAGGAGGCAGUGGAAGGAGAUGUCAUUUUGGUUGAAGAUGAAGCUGUGGCUUCAGUGGGGGUUUCGGCUUAAGUAUCCUGAGCGUUGGCUGGGGCCUAGAAAGCCGGUUAGUGGAGGCGAACGUAUUGAGAUGGGGAUAGAUGGAGGAGGGAACGGAGGCGGGAACGGAAGCGGUAGCGGUGGUGGUACUGGGGGGCUCGGGCGAGAGAGCAGGUGGAACACGAUGAUACACCUUUGCCACCUUAUCCUGGCCCCUCCUUCUUCAAGUGUCAGCGAUGGGCAUUCGAUGAACAGCGGGACGACAGCUGCUACUCGGAAGCCGGUGUUAGGCAAUCCAAAUGCAGUACUUGGAUCUGGGCUGGGUUCUAACACUGUGGUCAUUGGGUCGAGGAUGAGUCCAGGUCAGCAACAAACAGCUGCUUCUCCACGGCGACAAGACACGGACGAGGGUACCGCGGAUGGUGGCAUCAGGGCUAUUUAA